AAUAUAUCAUUGAUCCAGCCUUGAUCUGUUAGUUAAUGUAUGGGUGAAACGUGAAAUCCAAUGUGUCCUUCAAUGAUCAGUUCCAGUUCAGUCUUCUGGGAGAUAUCUCCCAUGGCCAGCUCAGUGUCAAACUAUAAUCUCUGCUUAUCUCCAUGGGCAUUAGCUUGCAUUGGUUUCUGGACCAUCAUCGUCUCCUCAUUAUCCUGUAAAUCAUUUCCCAUGUUUUCGAUUCCCCUUCAUGGUCCUUCUUUUUUCUAUAAUUGCACCCUCCCCCCACAGCUUUGUAAACCGUAACAUCUUUACGUUCUUUUGAUUUAGGCCAACUGUGCAAGCCUAAUUUUCAUUACCUUGCUAUUGACAAUUUUGUCAAGGGUCAUCUGGACCCUAACGUUUGGAAUUUCCUCCUUAACUCUUUCUCCUUUUUUAAAAUGAUUUUAAAGUUUGCUGCCUAUGCUAAUACGGCUCUCCUUCAGAUAUUUUGAUUAAACUGAUAGAAGCAUUGGACACAGUUUAAAUGAGUCUCCCACCUUAAAGAACCUUGGUAACUCAGUUGUAAGGAAAUGAGUCUGUUUAGUUUAGAGCAGCACAGAUUAGCCAGUUCGUACAAGUCUUCUUUCAAGUGAAAGGUGAGUGAUCAAUUAAUAUUUAAUAACCUCUGUAAUAAUCUGCAAUGUUUUUCUCAGUAAACAUGGGACAGAGGAAUACUCCAGAUUUUCCUCAUUUUUUUUAGCCUAGAUAUUCUAGCUUGAAGUGACAUUGAUGGGAAUAUAGGACAGAAAGGUAUGACAACGGUAUUCGUGAUAUCUUGUACACGAGUCAGCAGGUUGUUUCAUUCUCAUCAUUUUCAUAGUUUCAGGGCAUAGCACUUUUUAACCUUGUUUAAUGGCUCCUCUCUACACAAACACUACUAAAUGCUGAUUCCUGUUGAGUUAUGGUCUUGACGAUAUCCCAAAUCUUUAUCCAGGUUCAGUAGAUCAAUGGAACAUUUCAGUGUAGGGCACAUCACUAUUUUGAGUCAGAUUCUGUUUUAAUGGGCCACUGAUUCGUUAAGACCUGAAACAUUGCUUUAUUUUUCCCUUCUUCAUCUUGGAGCAUUAGAGAUCUGAACUGCGUGCCCUUUGCUGCUUGCCUCUGCACAAGUCAAGACGUAAACCAAAACCUUUUUAAUUUUACCUUGUGUUUGUAGGCUUGAGAACCUGAACAAAAAGCUGGAUCUAUCCCGCAGUGAGAAGCAGAGAAAUGUCUUGAUGAAGCAGGUUGCUGAAACUGAGCGAGAAAUGGAAGAGAUCAAGUGAGAUAACCUUCCUCCCAACAGGCAUUUUUAGAAGACCAGAUGACGCAACGGCAGUUGUUGGGAAAUAGGUUUGAUGACCACGAUUGGAUAAAGAUUGCCAACAUUGAUUUUGAUGGAAGUCGCAAGGCAGAAGAUAUUAAGAAUGUCUGGCAGAACUCUGAACACCCAAGCAUCAACAAAGAACAGUGGAGCAGUCAAGAGACGCAACAGCUAAUUGAAAUCGCAGAGAGAUCUGGUUGUGUGGACUGGGAGUGGGUUGCCAGUGAGCUAAAGACAAACCGUACUGCUUACAUGUGCCUUCAAAAAUACCAAGAGUAUAACAAAGACCUGAAGAAGAAAGAAUGGACCAAGGAAGAAGACCAGAUGCUUACAGAACUAGUGCAAAAAAUGAGAGUUGGAAACUUUAUCCCAUACACAAAGAUUGCGUAUUUUAUGGAGGGACGGAAUGCCAGCCAGAUUUUGUUUCACUGGUCGAAGUCACUGGAUCCCACACUGAAAAGAGGGCCUUGGUCGCGAAAAGAAGAUAGGCUUCUCCUGAAGGCAGUUGCAAAAUAUGGAAGCCGGGACUGGUUCAAGAUUCAAGAAGAGAUCCCUGGGCGGGUUGAUUGCCAGUGCAGAGACAGAUACAUGAACGCUUUAAAUCAAAAUGUGAGAAAAGGGAAAUGGACAGAAGAGGAAGAGAACACUUUUAAAUCACUGCUCGAGAAGCAUGGAGUUGGCAAUUGGACCAAGAUAGCUGCAGAGCUGCCAGGCAGGACAGGCACUCAGUGCAUGAGCAAGUGGAAAGUCCUAACAAGUGUGAAGAAGUCUGUUCCUCAGCAAGGGACACGGAAAAGGAAGAGGAGGCGACAGAGAUGGGACAGCAGCUCUGAGGAGAGUUCUGAGGACUCUGAUGAAGAGGAUGACAAAAUUUUGGAGGAUCUGGAGGAAGAUGAUGAUGAGCAAGAGGAAGAUUCAGAAGAGGAGCAAGAGGUAGUCCAGAAGUUAGAGCAAAAGAAAUUGAAGGUAAAACAGGAGAAACUAACUGAGACCAUAGUGUUGGAUGUGGACCGGUGGAUCCCAGUGGUAGAAAAUGAUCAACAAACUGCUGAGAAAAGCACAAACUUCCAAGCUGGAAACACAGCGAUAGAGCAGCCUGUGAACAACUGGAGUGCUGAAAGUCAGAGUUGUCGUGGGAGACCCAGGUCUAGCAAGAUCUGGAAAAUUUUUUCCAAGCCAACCAGCUCUGUCCCAAGUGUGGGUGAAACGAGUGUCAAACCAGCAGAGAGCGUAUCAUCUGAGGUAACAGCAGUGCCAGAGCCAGAUCCCAAAAUUGCCCCGUGCCCAACAGCUAAUGACGCACAACAGGAGCCUUCGCAAUCCCAAAGAGAUCCCAAGCGGGCAAGGCACAGGCCAGCUGCAGCACACCUGUCUGAAAAGGAUUUGGACAAAAGUUUGCUUGCCGAGAUCUCCCGCUGGACCAUGGCAAGGCCACUUGUUCAACGGCAAAGUGAUGUUCUGCGUGAGGCACUGGAGGCAACUGGUUUAAGCAGCACUUCGGUUUUUGUUCUCUUGCUACAGGUAUUCCGGAUUGACAAAGAACGCUGUUUGCAGAUAAUAAAAGACAAGACGAAUAAGGCUACUGAAAGCUUGCCAGCCAGCAAGAGUGAAGACAAAUCUCAGGUAGGCCCUUACCUGAAUGAAGUGAAAGGAAAGACCAUUGAUGUAGGCAAUGGGCAGACGAUGGAAAUGACCCGGUUUAAGUUGAGUGCUGAACCUCUGAGAGAGAAACCAAAGACUGUCCAGCAGCUGCUCAGUGAGAGGCGAAGAGCUGGGUGUUCAGCGAAAGCAUCACGCCCUACACCCAAGCCGAUUGUCAUUCCAGGGCCACUGAUAGUCCAGCAGCCACUACGGCUGACGUUGCUGCCCCAGCCAGCAGCUUUAAGCAAGGCGCCCACCGGUCCUGGGCCACAACUGACUCAACAACCCAGUAACCCUCCACCAGUUCAAACCAGGAGCCAAACAAGGUCUGCAACUGGGUCUGCUGUCGAGCAAAUCGAACCUGAUAAGCCACAGGAGUUGUCAUCGGGGACACCCAAGGGACAGGGUGAGCCAGCUGUGACUCUGUCACCACACACUACUCAAGUAUGUUCAUCAGCUGUAGUCAAACCAGUGAAAAGUCUCGGGACAGCAUCCACAUCAAAUGCUGAUCCUGUUCACCCUGCUGUAGCCAAGUACAGGGGGAAGCGGCUGCAGCCAAUUGCACCAGCACCACAGCCAACCAUCAGUAGCCCGCUAAUGGUUCCACUAAUGCUACCCAACUCCACUGUACCCGUCAUGGCCCUGGUCACUCCCCAGGGUUUGCUGUAUAUCCCUCCAGGCACAGUCAUGGGCUCACCCAGUCAGAAUGCUCCUGCUACGGCCGCGGUUGCUGUGGGCAGCCAGGCCAGGACCACAGCUGUUCCCACCUUGCCCCUGGCUGGAGCAAGCUCCAGCAUGUCGUCAGCCACCGCAAUUCAAGUGCCAUUGAGCUCCCUCUCUGCCCCCAGUCAAUCAGCGAAUGGCAGCCCCAGUGUUGCACCAGUGCAGACCGUCUCCGUUGCAACGCCGGCAUCAGCCCAGCCACUGGCAGUGUGCAGGGUGAUCCCACCAUCAUCCAGUUCGACACAGAUUCAACCAACACAAACACCAGCACCGGCUAACUGUGGAGCAUCGGCUCCAUCUCUGACAUCAGCCAGUUCUGCAACCCUACCAGCAACUGGCCAUGUUGACCCCAACGCCCCCACUGCGCAGCUUGACCAGGGAUCUGGAUGUUCAGGCAUGACAGCAGAUUCUCCAAGUAUCGGGUCUUCAUGUACGCAGCCAAGCACCUUGCCACACCCUGAGGGAACCAAGCUGCCAGCUACACAGUUGCAGUCGGACAAAACCUCAAUUGACUUCAAACUUGUGUGUGACGACAAAGAUCCAAUAACAAAACGAUGGCUGGAUGGUGAAGGUGGUGUCCGUGUACCAGGGACACAAACCACUCUACCUUAUCUGCCACCGUUUGCCUCAACUCUGAGAGGUUUCUCAAACCUUCUGCUGCACAAGAAGGUCCUGGAGCAGAACCUGCCUGUUGAGGCAGCUGAUGCGAAUGAACCACCUGAUCCCAAAAAACGUCUUGAAGCAGCCAGGGUCCUAGUGAACAAGCAGCUACAGAACAACCCAGCCUACCAGCUCCUGAAAGCCCGAUUUCUCUCUAUUUUCACACUACCUGCGUUUCUGGCUACAUUGUCACCAAAAGGAACUUUGACCACAAUUGGCUCAUUAAGUGACAGUCUCAGCCAAAACUCCACAGAAGAAAGUGAGUACAUGGAGACAGAUGUGGAGAGUGAGGAAGGUACCAAAGGAUUGCCAGUAUACCAUGUCACAGAUGAAGGAACUAACAGAGAGCUAAACCAACCCUUUGAAAUCCAUUCCGAUCUAUCGUUUGGAUGUGACUUGCUGGGCAGCCUGGACACAAUUGUUGAGAAUGAAAGUAACCCAGAGCCUCCCAAUGCUCCAGAAGCUUCCAGUACCCCUGAGGGUGAGAUUCAACAACCAACCAGACGGAGCCAUCGUCUAAGGAAAAAUCCCUGAAAGUUGCAGCAUAUGUGGAGGCAUGAUGGUUUUGGUUUCUUGGAUUCACUUCAUGUGUAAAUGUUUCUCCUGUGGAUGGAGCAGAAAGUGAGGGCCAGUGCAAAGACCGCUCCAAAACUAAAUCUCCAACGACUGACAUGGAGUUUGUACAGACAGCUGGAUGGAAGGGAUAAAAUAAUACUUGUUGACAGAGCUUCUGUUAUUUUAAUAAGGAUGGGAGGUUGCUUCCGGCAGUUGUGACAUUGCAUUUCUUUUAGACACUGUAAGUUGCUGUUUUAGGGAACUUCUAUAUAAAACAAUUGUACAAAAUCCUGCAGCUCCCGGGCCCUUUUUUUUAAAUAUAUGUAUGUGGAAAAAAUAAAAUAUUCAA